CCAUCGCUUUUUUAAAUUUCCAGAGGCCAAAACUUCUACGAAGUGUAACUUCGAGUAAAUGACGGUUUGUGUUCGAUACGAGUUUGGACAGGCUACUGCCUCGAUGGCUCCCCCGAUAUUUUUCAAGAUGGCAAAAUUCGGUCGCUUUGUUUUGUUGGCUCUAUUCGCAUUGGUACUAUACGAGCAAUGCAUGGCCAACGUAGAACAGCUGGUCCAAGUGUUUGAAACCGUUGUCGACCUACUUGCGGCCUCAGACAAGGCAUCCAAGUUGAAGGAGGACAUGCAUCUAGCUCGACCUUGCUUAGACUCCUUAGUAAUGAAAACAAAUGAAGACACACUAGAUCAAGUUCUCAAGGGGAUGGUUCCAUUAGCAAUGAAGUGCGGCACUGAACUGAUGAAAGAAGGACAAGACAAAGAGAAGAAAAAGAAGGUUUUUAUAGAUUGCCUCAAACAGCAGUCUGGUGAUUUUCUUGAAAGCCUACCUGACAGAGAAAAAGAUGCUUUUCAGGAAGCCAAUAACUGCAUAAAAGCUAUCUUUACCGAUAUGGAGUGAGAUAGAGAUUAGUUAGUUCGGUGUCAUCCUGGUCAGAUCGCUCUAUCUGGUCACGGUCCUAUCGAAAAUGUCGUCUUCUA